UGCCGCUUGGGAAAGGGCCCGGAGUGAGAAGAAAGCGAAGCUUGCUUGUGACGGAGAAGGAGUCCAGCGGACCCCAGGCGGUGUUUUAUGGAUUAACUCUUCAUUCAUCACAUACAGCAGCAAUAUAGUUAUGGCAACCUUCCAGACUUUCAGAAACAGUCACAUGAAGACUAGAGCAUCUGUCAGAAAAAGCUUCAGUGAAGAUGUUUUCCAGUCGGUAAAGUCUUUGUUACGGAGUGAGAAGGAACUGUGUAGUGUAUCAGCAGAGGACUGUUUAAAGCAAGAUGAACAUGCCAGUUUGACUGAGGUCACAUUUCUAGGUUUUAAUGAAGAAACAGAUGCUGCUCAUAUACAGGAUUUAGCUGCUGUUUCUUUGGAACUUCCAGAUCUUCUGAAUUCACUACACUUCUGUAGUCUAAAUGAAAAUGAAAUUAUUUGUAUGAAGGAUAUAAAUAAAUCACCAAAUAUAAACAGUGGUCCUCUAAAUCAGAGUCGUCAUUCUGGAAUGCUUUGUGUCAUGAGAGUGUUACCACCUACAUUACCAAGACUCAGAAUUGAUUUUAUCUUUAGUCUCCUAAGUAAAUAUGCUACUGGUAUAAGAUACACCCUGGAUACAUACUUUCAUCAGAAACGCCAACUGGAGACCACUAAUGAAGAUGAUGAUGAUACUAACCAGUCAGUGUCUUCUAUAGAGGAUGAUUUUGUCACUGCGUUUGAGCACUUAGAGGAAGAAGAGACCUUAAAGCCAUAUAAUGAUGGAGUAAACAUUACUGCACUAAAGAGCCACUGUGAUGCUGCUUCACAGACUACUGCUGGUCACCAGUUAGAAACCCAUGAUUUAAGGAUUCUGGUUAGCUCUGGGCGGCAGAAGUCAUUGACGAAACCUUCAACUUCCUUAAUAAAUGUUCUGGGACAUAAAGAACAACCUGUGAAAAGUUCAGUCACAACAUCAAUUUCUGAGCCUUGGAUCCAAAGGAGUUUCUAUAGGUCAUCUAAUGCUUCAGAUAAAGGUAGUGACAUGCAGAAAACGUUUUUUUCUUCUUCUCCUGCCUAUUCAUCUGAAUCAGAAUGCUCAAGUCCAAGUCCGGUUAUUUUCUUAGAUGAAGAAGGAUAUCAAAAAAGUUUAAAAGCAAAACUUGAGUUACCAAAAAUUCCUGUAAUGAAAGAUGAUAUAGAGGACUCAGACUCAGAAGUAAGUGAAUUUUUUGAUAGUUUUGAUCAGUUUGAUGAACUAGAACAAACUUUAGAGACUUCUUGUCCAUUUCUAAAAGAUUCUGUAAAAGGGAAGACAUCGCAAAAGAAAGGGCACAAACAUGACAAAUCUUCUGUAACCACUACUAUGAAUCCUCAAAAAUUCAAGUUUGAUUGUCCAGCUCUCCCAGCUAAUGUUCGAAAGCCAACACCUCGUAAACCAGAAUCCCCUUACAGCAACCUGUGUGAUGCUCCAGAUUCUCCUCGCCCAGUGAAGGCAUCUGGGGAAGACAGUGGCUUGUUUAGCCCCAUUCGGUCCUCUGCUUUUAGUCCUCUUGGAAGCUGUACACCUGCUGAAUGUUUUUGCCAAACAGAUAUUGGUGGAGAUAGGAUUCAUGAAGAUCAUGAUUCUAUUUAUUACACCUAUGAAGAUUAUGCCAAUAGAAUUACAUGUGAAGUACUGGGCUCGGUCCUUCAUACUCAACAUACUAAUGCAAUAUCAAACAUUAAUAGUGUUAAAAAGGGAGAAAAUGAAACCAUUGCUCUAAAGAGUGGAAACCUUGAUCAAAAUAAAUCUAAAAAUAAACCCUUAAUGAUUAGAGAUAGCAUUCAAAAAUUUGCAGCAGAUCUUGUGGAAAAAAGUUUUGGCAGUGCAUUUAAAGACUUGCAGAAAGGAGUCUCUUCAUGUACCAAUGCAUUGUGCCAUUUAGCCGUCAAAUUAACGUCAUCCAUUUUUCAGAUGGCAUUUAAUGAACUGAGAAGGCAGCAUGCAUUUUCACUGAAAGAGCGUGCUAUUAGUGGUCUGGCUAAUUUUUUGGUGAGUGAAGCUUUCUCAAAUGCUUUAAAAGAUUUACAGUAUGUAAAGAAGCAGAUAUUUACAAACAUAGUUGCUGGGUUUGCUGCAGAUCUUGCUGAAGAGCUUAUUUUUGAAGGUAUCAUGGAAGUGUGUCAGUUUUCAUCUCCUCCAACACCUUCAUCUCCAAAGUAUUCAUUUGACUAUGAAGACAAAGUAGUGAAGUCAUAUGCAAAAGAUUUGUCUGAAUCUGUAAUGCAGGAAGCAUUCAUUGAGCUAUCACAAGUUGAUGUGAUCUUUACAACAAAGGCAGCAGUUAGUGUUUCUACAGAUAACAUAAAGUAUGUGAGUGCAGAAAAUAUUGUGCCAUGGACACAGACUUCCACAUGUCCCAUUUUUAAUAGUCAAGCAAUUGUGACAAAACCAAUGCCAGAAUAUAAAUACACUGUACAGCAGGCCUUAUUUUGUACUUCUGGAAUUGUUACUUCUAUACCAGUGCCCCUGGCUGGAAGUGCCCUUCUCCCAUAUCACUUUUCAUCUAAUAUAUAUCAGGCAAAGACUCAUCUGUCAUCUGGUGAUAGUAAUUUGAAUGGUGAUUCUACUGAAGCAGGUGUUUCCACAAAAAACGAAGAGGAAGUAGCUUGUCUCAGAAAUAUUUGUUUAUCUUCAGAACACAGUCUAGGUAACCAGAAUGAUUUUAAACCAACUAAUGAUGAUGUUGAAAUGCAAAGCUCUUCAAAAUUACCAAGUGAUCCUGUGAUUAUUAGCAACUUUUCUACAGCACUGGUGCAUUCUAUAGUAAAUGAAACUUUAGAGUCAGUGACAUCAUUCAAAGUUACAAAAACAGUUGAUGAACACACAGAUUGUUUAACUAAAACAGUAAAGGGAAAAAACUUUCCUUUCCACUAUGAUCAAGUGACCCUGCAACAGAAUGAAGCUAGCAAUAAGGACAUGUUUGUUGAUCGAUUAUCUAAAUCUGUUAUUAAACAUUCCGUAGAGAAAAGCAAAUCACUGAUCUCCAAUGUGGAUAAAAAUAUGGUAAACAGGGAAGGCUUGCCUGUUGCUGAAGAAGAGUCACGGUUGAUAUGGGAAAAGUUUCCCAGAUCUCUUGAUGCUCAAGAUCACUUAACUCACUGUUCACUUUUAGUGGGAAAGGAUUGUGUUCCAGAAUGUAAAGAUUCUGUAGCUCAUGGAUUUUCUUUAGAGCCACUACCAUGUUGUUCAACUAUGGCAGGUCAAAAACCUGAUUUGAAGGAAGCUGCUAAGGACAAAUCAGUGAAAAAGUAUAAUUUGAAUAAUAUGGCACCGGUGCCCUUGUCUUUUGGGCAAGAAAAUCCUUAUCCCCAUUCCCAUACUUUCUCAUCUGCAGUGCUUACAUGUGUAGAUGGUUUGCAUGUGGAAGAUAAACAGAAAAUCAGAGAUGGAAAUGUAAUACCUGAUACUCCUCCAUCAACUCCUCUAGUACCAUCCCAGGCUAGUUCUGAAUGGGAUAUCAAGAAGUUAACCAAAAAGCUUAAAGGGGAAUUAGCAAAAGAAUUUGCACCUGCUACACCACCUUCUACACCUCACUACUCAUCUGUUGGUAGUUUGUCUGAAAAUGAACAAAAUACUAUUGAAAAAGAGGAAUUCAUGUUGAAACUCAUGCGAUCUCUUUCAGAAGAAGUUGAAAGUAGUGAAGGUGAAGAGCAUCCGGAAGUGGAUGUGAAGGCAGAGCACUCAGAGAAGAAAACUCAAUUUGCCGAAGCAUUAGCUUCACACAUCGUUUCUCUUGCAACUGAAAUGGCAGCUUCCCAUUUAGAUAAUAAAAUAAUUCAAGAACCCAAGAUUAAAAGCCCUUGCUUAAAUGUGCAGAGUCAAAGAAGUGUAUCACCUACUUUGUUAAAUCACACAGAUGAAAAUUUACAAGCAUUAUGCAAUUUUGCAGGUGAUAUGGCAGCAGAAGUCAUUACAGAAGCUGAGAAAAUAGCAAAAGUUAGAAGUUGUAUGCUUUGCAGGCAGAAGAAGAAUAGUUAUAGUGAUGGUGACCAACCUAAUAGAUUAGAAGAAAAGUUGAAUAUAGAGACUGUAUCACAUCCAAGAGAAGUUGACCCGUUUAUUCUUUCAUUACCACCAAGUUCUUGUAUGUCAAGUCUGUCAUAUAAGUAUCCCAGCUGUGAAAGUGUGACAGAUGAAUAUGCAGGUCACAUUAUCCAAAUACUAAAACAGGAAGGUGGUAAUAGUGAGUUAAUAAUGGAUCAGUAUGCCAAUAGACUUGCUUAUCGAUCUAUCAAAUCAGGAUUGAAAGAAGCAGCUAAGGGAGCAACAAUGAAGUGUAACUCAAAAAUGUUUCCCUUGCAAAACUCACAGGUGAAAGCCAACAAUGAACUCUUAAUGUUCUUAAAUAAACACCACCAAGAAGUAGAUAAAAAAAGACAAAGUAAAAGAAAUGAAGGUUACCUCUGUAAAAAUCAAACUUGUGAAUGGACAGGGAAUACAUACAGAAGUAAAUGCUCUGAACUGUAUAGUUUUUCAACCUCUCUUGCUCACAGCAUAACCAGAGAUGUUAAAAAAGAGCUUACAGUGUCUGCACUUGGCUUGCCAAAAUCCUCAACAGAUUCUUGCCUUUAUGAAAAGUCUGGAUGUGAUGAAGAUAAUGAGUCUCACAUUGAGCCAGAAUUUCCUAAGUCUCUUCAACCUUCCCCGCAAAAUCACAGAUUUUACCACAGUGCAGGCAGCUUAAAUGGGUAUGGAUAUGAAGUGAAUGUUGUUCAAGCUAUAGAACAGUAUGCUAAAAAAGUAGCUGAUGACACUUUAGAACUCAGUUUAGGAUCUGCAGUUUUCCAAGUGUCUGAGACAGCAAAAGCAGCAGAUAGGAUCACUUAUGCAGAAAAGUUGUCACCUCUUGUAAGUCAAGCUUGCAGAUACUGUGAUGAGAAAGAACUCCAUGACUGCAAUGGAAACUCACCUCAAUAUUCUUUCAGACAGGAUUCACUUGCUCAUAGUAAGCCAGGUUCUAAUUCAAAAUUUAGCAACAUUUAUCAGAAAUCUAGAAUUUUUCACCUUGAUGUCCCUCAAAUUCAUGUUGAUCUUGAUAAGAAGACAGUGCUUGCUGAGAAGAUAGUUGCUGAAGCUAUUGAAAAAGCAGAGAGAGAGCUGAGCAAUACCAGUUUGGCAGCUGAUAGUGGAAUUGGACAAGAUGGUGUUAGCUUUGCUGAAAGCCUUACUACAGAAAUAAUGACCUCAGCCAUCGUGAAUGUUGAACAUGCUGUUAGUAGUCCAAAAGAAACAGAAGACUUUCAGUCAACUGAGUCUUUUGGUAGCCAGCAGAUGAAUCUCAGUAUUGGUGAUGACAGCACUGGUAGUUGGUCCAAUUUAAGUUUCGAAGAUGAACACCAGGAUGAAAGCAGCAGUUUUCAUCAUCUAAGUGAAAGUAAUGGUAACAGCAGUAGCUGGAGCAGUCUUGGUUUAGAAGGAGAUUUGUAUGAGGACAAUUUAUCCUUUCCAACAUCAGACAGUGAUGGGCCAGAUGAUAAAGACGAAGAGCAUGUGGACGACAUAGAAGGUUUGGGGCAAGAUGAAAAGACGCUGCUAAUAACGAAUAUUGACAUGGAGCCAUGCACAGUAGACCCUCAACUAAGGAUUAUUCUUCAGUGGCUCGUGGCCUCUGAGGCUGAAGUUGCAGAACUUUCUUUUCAUGACUCUGCAAAGAAAGAGUUUAUACAACUUUCAAAACAAUUACAAGAAAAAGGAUGGAAAGUGGGAGACCUCCUGCAGGCUGUGCUUAACUACUAUGAGGUGGUGGAAAAGACUUCCAGUGAGGAGAAAUGCAAGUCACUGUAUGAUUGGCUCUUGGAAAACGCAUAGAACAAAUUCCAAACCAGUAUAUGUUUGUUAUUUGUUUUAGGAGAGGAAGAAACAGAUAAAGACGCAUAGGAAAAAAUUUGAAUAGUGAAUAUUAACAUUUAAAGUAAAUUGGGGGAAAGUAAAUACAGCUUUUUAAGCUCCUGUGUCAUCA